CCACGCCCCCCGCCAGUGGUAAUGAAAUGACUAACUUAGCCUUUGAACUAGACCCCCUAGAGUUAGAGGAGGAGGAGACCCAGCUUGGGGAGCAGAGUGGCUCUGCCAAGACUAGCGUUAGCAGCGUCACCACCCCGCCACCCCACGGCAAACGCAUCCCCUUCUUUAAGAAGACAGAGCAUGUGCCCCCCUAUGACGUGGUGCCUUCCAUGAGGCCCAUCAUCCUGGUGGGACCGUCGCUCAAGGGCUACGAGGUUACAGACAUGAUGCAGAAAGCUUUAUUCGACUUCUUGAAGCAUCGGUUUGAUGGCAGGAUCUCCAUCACUCGUGUGACAGCGGACAUUUCCCUGGCUAAGCGCUCAGUCCUCAACAACCCCAGCAAGCACAUCAUCAUCGAGCGCUCCAACACGCGCUCCAGCCUGGCUGAGGUGCAGAGUGAGAUUGAGCGAAUCUUCGAGCUGGCCCGGACCCUCCAGUUGGUCGCUCUGGAUGCGGACACCAUCAACCACCCAGCCCAGCUGUCCAAGACCUCGCUGGCCCCCAUCAUUGUUUACAUCAAGAUCACCUCUCCCAAGGUACUUCAGAGGCUCAUCAAGUCCCGAGGGAAGUCUCAGUCCAAACACCUCAACGUCCAAAUAGCAGCCUCAGAGAAGCUGGCACAGUGUCCCCCGGAAAUGUUUGACAUCAUCCUGGACGAGAACCAAUUGGAGGACGCCUGCGAGCACCUGGCUGAGUACUUGGAAGCCUAUUGGAAGGCCACCCACCCGCCCAGCAGCACGCCGCCCAAUCCGCUGCUGAACCGCACCAUGGCUACCGCGGCCCUGGCUGCCAGCCCUGCCCCUGUCUCCAACCUCCAGGGACCCUACCUUGCUUCCGGGGACCAGCCGCUGGAACGGGCCACCGGGGAGCACGCCAGCAUGCACGAGUACCCGGGGGAGCUGGGCCAGCCCCCGGGCCUGUACCCCAGCGGCCACCCGCCAGGCCGGGCAGGCACCCUGCGGGCUCUGUCCCGCCAGGACACGUUUGAUGCCGACACCCCCGGCAGCCGAAACUCUGCCUACACGGAGCUGGGAGACUCGUGUGUGGACAUGGAGACUGACCCCUCUGAGGGGCCGGGGCUUGGAGACCCUGCAGGGGGUGGCACCUCCCCAGCCCGACAGGGCUCCUGGGAGGACGAAGAAGAAGACUAUGAGGAGGAGGUGACCGACAACCGGAACCGGGGCCGGAGCAAGGCCCGCUACUGCCCCGAGGGCGGGGGUCCCGUUCUGGGGCGCAACAAGAACGAGCUGGGGGGCUGGGGGCGAGGCGUCUACAUCCGCUGAGAGGUCGGGGCGCGCCGUGGGAAGGGUGACCUGGGCGGGGGGAGGGACGGGGACCCCCCCCAGGUGGAUCUUGCCUCCGGGGUGGCGCCUCCCUCCUUUCAGAUGCCUUUUGCUCACCAUUUGGGGUUUCUCUGUAUCACCCAGCUCCCAGAGGCCCUUAAGCCCCAGCUGGAGGUUUUUACCUGCCUUCGGUGGAUGGAUGGCGGGAUCCCCACCUUCCCAAAGUGUCCCCUUUCCCCCCAUCCUUGGGGGCUCACCCCAUUCCCCUUCCUAGAAAAAAGGUGCACUUCACCCCUUCCACUCGGGGCCUGAGUGGGCUGGCCCUUCUUUUCCCAACCUGAAGUGUUUGGGAAGGGUUGGCGCUCCCUUCUCCCAGCUUCCUGGCAGCGUUGUUGGGUGGGUGAGGGCCACGGCAUGGAAACCCCUGGGGACACUGUCUUGGGGAGGGGUCUGGGUGGAAACCAGGAGGCGUCAGACACGGCACCUUCUCCCCAUGGCCAUGGCCAGCAGGGCCCAGAACCCUGAGAUGUGGGCCCCUGAGAUGCUGCCUCCGCCCCGCCACCCCCUGCCUCAGCCUUCACCUGCCCCAGGAAUGAGCUUUGCUGACCACAUCCCCUGCCUGCUGCCAUCAGAAGAGGGGGCCCCUCUGCAUCUGAGCCCCCGUCCCCAUGCCGCCUGGGAGGGGAGCCCACGGAACUCUGGUCUGCCUCAUCUUAAACCAAAAACUGCUCCUUCACCCCCACCCUGAGGCUCCAGGGGAGAGGCCCUGUGGGUGGGUGUGUGCCACUCCAAGGGUUGCCUCAAGCCUCGGCUCUCCCCUGGGGGGUUUGGCUGCUGCUGCUGCUCCGUCCUUGCCUCGUGAUUCUGUUACCCGCGUCCACUUUCCCCAGGAGAGACCUUGGUACCCCCGCUCCCCUGGGGUGUUCCUCUGCCUCAGUGUCCCGACAGCCCAGCAGCCCUGCCCCUCUCCAGCAUCCCAGCUGGGUCCGAGAGAGCCGAUUGUGCCAACGAGGACUGGGCCCUGCCCGGCUGCCCGCCUCAGGGAUGGGCACCUCAUGCCUGUCUCGCCACCUCUUGUGCCAAUGUUGUCCCACCCCCGCCGGGGGGUGGGGUGCAGUUUCCACUUACUGAUGAGAAGACACCACUGCCCAACACUAUUCCUCCCCGUCUGGUGUCCUGUGUCCCCUCUGGUGUCCCCUCUGUUGUCUGUCUGUCUGUCUGUACUCCCCUAGGAAAAGUAUUUUGCCAUUAUAAAACCGCCGUCCUGUCCUUUG